UUUUUCUGGAUUGUUUUGUAUUUUUGUUUUGUUUCCGGAAUGUUUUUAGAUUAUUCUGAUUUUUCCAGAAUGUUUUUAUUUUUUGUGAUGUUUUGUAUUUUCCUAUUUUCCUUAAUGUUUUUCCGAAAGCUUAUUUUUGUUUUCCUGAAUGUUUUUCUGAUUUUUGUUUUCCAUAAUGUUUUGUAUUUUUGUGUUUUCCGGAAAGUUGUAAUUGUUUUACAUUUUGUUUUAAUGUUUUUACCAUUAUCUAUGUUUUCCCUAAAUAUUUCGUUUGUUUCCUCAAGUUGUUUUACAAAAAAUGUUGUUGUUGUUGAUGGGAAUGUUUGGCAAUUUAAAUUAGGAGACUGUAGCCUUAUCACAAAAGGAAUUUUAUCAUUGUUGUUUAAACUUUGACUAGAAAUUGAGAAAUCUAAAUUUUCUGGGGAAGAAAAGUUAUGUUCAUGUUUAGAGGUUGAUGUUUUGUUAAUAGAUGAGAUCUGAAAUUGAGAAAAACAAUGUUUUGUAAUGUUUCCCUUUAAAAAUGUUUUCCGGAAAUUUUUAAUGUUUGUGUUUUGCAAUUGUUUAGGAAUGUUUGUUUUGUUUCCUUUUUUAAAUGUUGUGUGUUUUGUGUGUGUGUUUUGUUUUUGUUUGUGUUUUGCUAUGUUUUCCCUUAAAGAUGUUUUCCGGAAAAAGUUUAUUGUUUGUGUUUUGUUUGUUGUUUGGGAAAGUUUGUUUUGUUUCCCCUUAAAUGUUUGUUUCUUUCAAAUGUUUUUCCGGAAAAGGUUUAAUGUU